AUUGUUAUGAUGAUCUGUUGGUUCUUGAGCCGUUCCAGACGGGAACCCCAUGGUUCGGGAAGAAAGCCAGUACUCGUGCCUUUAGUAGAUCCGGUACAUAAUUUAAAACUGUAUGGCUGACUUCCGAGUAGUUAAAGGGGCGAAGAGCUGGGUUUGGAGAUGGUACAGGAAAGCAUCCGACCGUGCUCAGUGCUCUCAGUGCCUGAAGGAGCUGAAAAACGUCAGAAAUACAAGCUCGCUCAUCGACCACCUCAGCAGGAAACACGAGAUUUCUAAGGACAGCCCGGGCUGGAGUUCGUCGGUCUCCGGACAGAAUGUGAGCGAGUCGACGCUAGAGAUAGCGGAGGAAGAGGCCCCUCCCGAAUCCGAACUGGACGCUCACCAGGUCGUCCCGGUGGCCAAGAGAAGGAAGACGCAGCUUCGAAUCGAUUCGUUCGUCGUCGCAAGGCGGACUAUUCGGAGUGAGAUCGUUUCGCUGAUCUGCGAGUCGAACCUCAGUAUGAACCAGGUCAUCACUUCUGGUGCGGUGAAUAGAUCACUCACUCGCGCGUAUCCAAAUGAUCCGCCCCCGCCGAAGUCCCAUUCCUCGCUGAGGGUCCUGCUUUCGGAAGAGGCAACUCGAGUCCGGAAUGAUUUGAUGACCACGCUCCAACAGAUCCGGGAGAAAGGAAUGAAGUUUUCCAUGUCCUUCGACGAAGCCACGUUGAUAGGAACCGACCGAUAUCUCACAGUAAACCUCCAUCACUCGGAUAAAAUCUUCGGAUGUUCAAAUAUAGCUCCCCUGGGCCUGAUACGAGUAAAGGAGAGGGCUACAGGAGAAUAUCUGAGAGACGUUAUCUGCCACCGGCUAAGCUCAUUCAAAUUGUCAAGGAACGAUAUCGUAGCAGCAGUCACCGAUGGCGCCUCCAACGUGCUCAAGGCAGUAGACCUUAUUGGAGUUCAUCGGCAGAAGUGCUUUGCUCAUGGAUUGGAUCUGGUAAUACGAAAAGCUGUCUACGGAGCUCAAGCUGCAGCAUUCGAUGUGGCGAUCCUCACGGACGGAGAUGACCGAAGUAUUUCUCGAGUCGAUAGCGGCGACGAUUCUCCUGAAGAUAGCGACAGGAGCGAUGCGGAGGACACGGGAAUUCCGGAUGACGACGACGAACGUGUACGAGACGUGGAACUCAGUGACGCUCGGUGA